AAAUACUGCCCAUAGAAUAUGAUGGGCAUGUUUUGCCCUGUCCAGAGCUGCCUUCUUCACUACAGGUAACAGCCCUAAGUUUGGAAUGGGCUAAAUACAGGCAAAGGGGCAAAGAAAGGGGGAGUCUGGGGAAUCUUCAAAGGGUACAGAGAGAGAGAGAAUCCCCAGGGAAAGAGGGGGUUUCUAAAAGUUCCACACAAAAAAGAAACGGUUUCCAGAUAGUCUUUUUUCACAUUGUUCCCUUCAUCAAGAAACUGAUUCCCUGCCAUCUCUGUUGUUAUUUGUUAGUGCUGCUGUUACAUCUUCAGCCAUCUUUGUCUUUCCACUGGAGGAUGUGAAAACCCGUCUAUUUUAAUGUUAAGUGCACUCCUCUAGCCUUCUAGAUUGGUCAGGAGUAGGGUUUUUAGCACAUGUUGUCUUUUCCAACAUUUUCCUCUGAGAAACAGUUUUUAUGGGACACUCACUAUUCUAUGGAUUUCUAGUGCUACCUUCUUACUAAAGAAAUAAUUAUCUUUGUUUUUAUAAUUAACUUGUCCUUGACCUGACCUCUCCCCUUCCACCUACCAUUUUUGGAGCUUCUCUGGUUCCAAAACCUUUGGGCCAGAGUUUCUCAAAUUCUGCUCCUCCAGAUGUUUUGGACUUCAGUUCCCACAGCUGAUAAACUGGUUGGAUUUUCUGGGAGCUGAAGUCCAAAACACCUGAAGGAACGCAGUAUGAGAAACACUGCUUUAGACUGUAAGGUCCUGCGGAGAUCUAGUGCCCAGGAAAGCUGUUUUCCCAAGCCAGUAAACCCAGUGCACUGCUCUUACAAGUUGCCAUGUGGAAGUGUGAAAAUUAGUAUUAUUUCCAAUUUGUUUUUCUCCUCUUUUUCAUGAUUUAUAACUGACCAGCAAAUUCACAUGUGGCUUAAUUAUCUCUAGAGUCCUGCUCAAAGAGCGGGUCCAAAUGUUAAAUGCACUAUCACAAUAAAUAAACUGCAACACCUACAUUAUUUCAUUAAGUUUGGGAAAGUAUCAGUUCUCACAAAAUGGAUAAUUUGGUCAGCCUUGGCCCUUUGAUCCACAAGGUCUAGAGCACUGACAAACAUUUCUCAUUGGUCCUCAUCAGAGUGACAAUCCAAGAGCUCAACAUUUCUUUCCAACUGGUCCAGGUUACUGGGCCAUUUUUGGGGACUAAUCAUUCGACAUCCUAAUUCCAGAAAUAAGAUAAACUCAUAAAUAACUCUAACAGAAAUGACUUAAGGGACUCAAGCAAAGGCCUUUCUCAGCCCUUCUCCAAUCCUUUUAAAGAGCCUGAAUGUGACACUUCUGAAUACAAACCAAUGUUUUUCUAAUAGUUUAUGGUACCAAUAAGCGUGAUUAAAAUGUCAUCUGUACUGGCCAUCUUAAUGUCUAGAAGCCUUUACUGUUGGCACAAAGUGUGGCUUUUAGAGGGUUCAUAUGGUAAAUUUAGUUUAAAACUGGACAUGACUAAUGAUUAUGUUCCCUUACAUUUAUUAAGUAACUUCAUGCCUACAAAAUAAUUAAGAAUCCUGUGGUAAUAUCAUGUCUUGCUGUGCUUGUACCAGAAUUAAAUUUCCUUACCAAAUUUGCUAUCAUUGAAUGAGCCUGGUUUAAUUUUUAUUUUCUAAUUUUUUGACAAAAUGAAUUAAGGAAAACGGAAGCUUCAUAUGCUUUCCAAACACUGCAUAUUUUAACUAUCCAUUUAAAAAUAUCACUCCAUUUUGUCCUUCUAAUAGAUUUCAUAAUUGUAAAAAAAUCUAUUUUCAUAAGUAUCCACAUUCAUCCUUACAUGUUUCCUUCCCUCUCUGUUUAUCCUUCAAUAUCAUUGCUGAUAAUGUGAUGACUAUCGGAAGAUGAUGAACUGUAAGUAGCUCAUCUUUUUUCAACUGAUUCUUCAUAUCCAGACAGCUUCUGACAGCAGCUGAUUACUGAACAAGCAAUUCAGAGAAGGUGAACUGAUCUUGUUGAUGCCUAUUUUGUUACCAGAUUUUUAUGGUUCAUUUAGAAUCCACCAUAAAUUAUGUUAAUACUGGUAGUUCUUAUGGCAUCUCUAAUCAAUAUAUCAAAUAUUCACAUUCUCCAUGUACACGUCACACUAUAGCUUUAAUCCUUUAUAUUACCCCCAAAUAGAGUAAACUCAUUACACUGAUUGUUGAGUCAUAAUAUGGAUGAACCCCACUGAGAUUUAUUAUGACAUUAUAUACUUCUCCUUCUCCCAACUUAAUUCUCAUAACACCACUGUAUGGUAAACCAUACUGGGAGAAAAUAGGCGGCCCAAGAUUGCCCAAUAAAUAGUGGUUCAAUGGAGCCAGCAUUUGGGUCUACCAAGUCCUACUCCAACCAUUACAGAACACAGGCCCUAAUUUAAUUUCUUGUUUUGGUUCAAUAAAAUGGCAGUCCAAGAGUGAAUAGUUGUGUUGGUUCUACAACAUUAAGAAAUGUUGGAGGUUUGGCCAUUUAAAAACUCACUUGUACCUAUUUUAGAAAAACAGAUCCAGGGGGAUGAUGUACUUUAAAGGGUUUCUGCCUUUCUUCUUCUUGGUGAUUUUCUUUUUUAUAGGAUUUUGAAAGGAUAUUUCAGUGGACUGGCUUUCUAAAGACAAUACGCCUGUGUAAUUCACAUGCAAAUAUCUUGGCUUCACAUGAAUACAAGAGGUUUACCCUUAUGAAUUGCCAGUGUGCUUCUUUAUUCUCUGGAGCACAUCAUCAACUUCAAGGAACAAGAGUCAGACUUCAAAGAAUGAGAGUGAAGGACUUCAAAAGUAAUCUUGAAGAUUAUCCUGUGUAACUUCACUCAUAGAUCAGUUCUUGAUGACACUAACAAAAGGUGCUUCCAGAAAGCAAGCAGUAGCAUUUACAGGUAGUCCCCAAGUUACAAACAAGCAUUGUCCUCUGGACCUUGACAUAUUCUCCUUCAAAAUGUAAGAUUUCCAGGGAUGGACAUGGCCAACUCAGCCCUCUGUAUAAAGGCCAAUAAUAUUGAUGAAAAUUACUACUACUACUACUACUACUAACAACAACAACAACAACAACAACAACAACUUUGUUUUUGUACCCCGCCUCCAUCUCCCCAAAGGGACUCGAGGUGGCUAACAUGGGGCCAAGCCCAGAGUGAACAAGGCAAAGACCAGACGCAUUCUGCUAUCAAAAUAUCUGGGAAGCAGGGACCUGCUGAGAGAGCAAAUGGCAUGAAAGAGAAGCUGAUAAAGUUAAAGGGGAGGGAAGGAGAUGAUCGUGUGGAAUAGAAAUCGGAAGAGUGAGGUUGCGAGGAGAGGAGUCAGGAAAACUGCAGCUUAUGUAUCAGCACCAAGGACAGAGGCACCGGGGAAGCAAAUCUACAAGAGCUUGUGGAGAUCUUCACAAAACCAUCUGGAGAUUGUACGGAUAUAGCAGUCGGGUCCAAAAUAUGCAAGGUGGUCUAAAGGAUCCCCUAGAAAAUUGUGAUGCCACCGUCUUCACGUUGCCAGCAAUUAUGCAUUUUGGGGUCCCCACAAUUAUUCUUUUUUUUUUUACAAAGUUGCUGAGUUCUCGGAAGUGUGUGGUUUCAGAGCCACAUAAUUCUAACUUGUUUUCUAUGUUCCUUCGGAAGUGAAUGAGAGUGACAAAGGUUUCCAUUCUCAAAAUGAAAUCCUUCAGCAGAAUCAGUAGCUAUCCCAAUUCAACAUUAUCAGCCUCACUUUGGCAAGAUAACUCCACAGGACCUGGAUUGCCACAAUCUCCUGCCUACUAUGCCCUCAGUUAUUGUGUCUUGAUCCUGGCCAUAGUUUUUGGGAAUGUUCUUGUUUGCCUGGCAGUUUUGAGGGAACGCAGUUUGCAAACUACCACCAAUUACCUCGUGGUCAGCCUGGCAGUAGCUGAUCUGCUUGUGGCCAUUUUAGUGAUGCCAUGGGUUGUGUACCUUGAGGUGACGGGAGGAGUCUGGAAUUUUAGCCGUGUCUGCUGUGAUAUAUUUGUAACGAUGGAUGUGAUGAUGUGCACAGCCAGCAUUUUAAAUCUCUGCGCUAUCAGCAUUGACAGGUACACAGCAGUAGUUAUGCCUGUUCAUUAUCAGUACAGCACAGGACCCAGAUCAUGUCGAAGAGUCUCCAUAAUGAUCACAGCGGUUUGGUUAUUGGCAUUUGCUGUUUCCUGCCCUCUUCUCUUUGGCUUCAAUACUACAGAUGACCCCAGCAUUUGUUCCAUCUCUGAUCCUGACUUUGUAAUCUACUCCUCUGUGGUGUCCUUUUAUCUUCCAUUCCUGGUCACCCUGCUGCUCUACAUCCGUAUUUACAUUGUGCUGAGGCAAAGGCAGAGAAAACGCAUCCUCACAAGACAAGGCAACCAUGGUGUCAAAGCCUAUUACACACAGGAGAAACAUUCAGAAAGAACAGGUUUGCACCAGAAGCCACCCAACAUGCUCUUGUCUUGCUUCCCGUUCCAGUGUUCUUCAGACCACAAGCUGCCGGCUGAAAAGAAGCCCCUGACUCCCCCUGAACUGCAGCAGUAUUGCAGUAUCUGCCGUGAAAAUUCAUUCUCCAGUACAGGAGAUAAAGAGACUGUUGACCUAAAGGUGAGAAGAGAAGUCCGACAGCAAAGCCUGGAAGUGCGCAAACUGAACAAUGGCAAAACAACCACAUCUUUGAAACUGCCAUCUCAGCAGCACAGGACAAUACAGCUCAGAGAGAGGAAGGCCACCCAGAUGCUUGCUAUUGUUCUUGGGACUUUCAUUGUCUGCUGGUUGCCAUUCUUCUUGAUACACAUAUUGAAUACCCACUGCUCAGCUUGUCAUAUUUCUCCAGAGGUAUACAGUGCUACCACAUGGCUAGGAUAUGUCAACAGUGCCCUCAACCCAGUUAUCUACACAACCUUCAACAACGAGUUCCGUAAAGCUUUCCUCAAGAUCCUGUAUUGCUAAAGAUGCAGAGAGCGACAUAGUAUCAUUUCCCAUUGAUGGUGGAGAACAAUAUGGUGCAGCUGAGAUGGAUCUGUAUACAUAGGAUGGGUUUUCUCAUUCAUCAGUGUGAAAGAAUGUUAAGACUCUUUUUCCCAAUAGUUUAUUGCUGCAAGCUGCCAUGGGGCAGUAUUGUUAUAAUAAUGGGUUUCAUCAGUUCUCUGUUAAACAUUGGUGCAGAAAAAAAAAGAGUAAAUGUGACUUCAUUAUGCCUUCCUACCCCAAAAUAACUCAUUACAGGUAACUGCUUCCAAGCUUCAGAUGCUUCCAACAUCUUUUGUAAGCAAUUCUUUCUGGAUUGAUCAGGAACUGGAAAUUGGUCUAUUUAAGUAGAGAACAAAUAUACAAGUAGCAUGAAAUUUACCAACUGUGGAUUGUACAACAAAAUGCAAGCGCACACAAUUCAAAAGACCGAGCAUUUUACAUAUUUCUCUAGCCUUUAAUUGCACAAGAGGUUGAGUAAGUGGUUUCAUAACUGUGUUGUCAAAGGCUUUUGGAACAUGUCCAUACAGCCUGGAAAACUCACAGCAACUCGGUUUCACAACUGGUUGUAGCACCUCUUGCAACCAUCACUUUGUAUAACUGCUCAUGCAAUAGUCCAGCGCAUUGCAACUUGGUAACAUUAUGUUGGAUUUACACCACUGUAUUUAAUAUCAUAUUGUGCAGUAAAACAUGUGCAAGGAGGAGUUGAUUGGUAUCAGUCACUGAAAUAUUGUUGCUUAGAUUUUGUAGCUGUUCAUUCAAAAAACAUAAGGACGGGUGCCAGACAAAGCAAAAAAGAACAGCUUCUGCUUUACCAACACACUAUAAAUAAAAUAAAUGCUCUUGAUCAACUGCUCUAUAUUUUUUGAAAUCAUGCAUUCUUUUUCUUUAUGAAAAAUACAUUGCUUAUCUGAAAAUUGAUCCCAUUACAUGUCAGUAGGAUUUUCAGAGACAAAUGUACUCCUAACUAUAUUUAUUAGAUUGGAUUCAAAGUUAAUCACAUAAUAUGGUGAUGGAAAAUAUCAUUGCUCUUUCUCCCUAUGGCACCCCAAAGUAUGCUACACUGAUAGCUGGGGGACCACCCUGAAUGGAUUAAGCCAUGGUGUUAGGAACUGAGAAGAAGGAGAAAUACAUCAGAUUAUGAUACUUUCCAGAAGUACAACAUCUUGUACAGCAUAGUAGGUUCACAUCUGGAGCAUCUGGUUAUGUUCCUGUACAGCACAGUAUGGAUCCAACUGAAUGGGUCUCCAGGAGCAGAAACUAUAGCUUUAGUGAUAUGGUUGUUAAUUUCAUGAUGAAUAAGGAUAUAAUAUCUGUGCUCAGAGAAAUGGCAUUCUGCUUUUCAAUAUAAGAAAUUAAAACAGAGAGGAAUAUGAACAACAUAAGCCACAAAUGUUAUAAUAAUUGUAUGAUCACAAAGCUCCUACUUUUAACAAAAUUGUAUCAUGGACCUUGGAAUGUCACUGUAAAAAGCUCCCAUUAUUUUGCUUAGCAUUUGGCUCCUGGUCUAAGGUUACUCUGCUUCUGUGUAACAUCAGAGAAGAAAAGUUCAGAGACACCAUUAAAGGCUAAUGGUUUCAUAACUAAUGAAAGUGAACAUCAUUCCCCUCUAUGCACAUCACCAUGAUUCAAUGGGUUUUUAGUCACUGGGACUAACAACAGGAUUCAGGUAACUGAGGAUUCAUUUUGACAAGUAUGCCUUAUUUUUGCACUGACGAUCUGGAACAAUUUUAGGAUUGUUGUCUGCAUCACAGAGUGCGAUCUCAAUGUCGCAAAGCAAAACCAGCUUAGAAAGAGAAGCCUUGUUGAAUGAAAAAUGUGAAGGUAUGUGGAAUGCCAUCAAUCUUUAUUAUUCACUAAGUUAUUAAAAUCUCUGUGUUCAUUGCAAAAUAAGCAUCACAAGUCAGAGCAAUGUUUAACAGAAAGAGAAUGGAGACAAAGAGAAAGGAAAGAGAAAUCCUUUUAACGACAAACCAGACAAAUCAGUCUGAAACAAUCACAAUAUUUUUCCUUAGGAAAAAUAAAUAAAAUAAAGGCAAAUGUGUAAAGAUAGUAGAGGUCACAGGCAGAGUGAGUACACGAAGAUACCAAAUGCCCAAUGUCCCAGCAUUUUAUGCCAAAGGCAACCACAUCAUUUCAACACAUACGUACUAUGGUGUAAAAAGACAGACUAAGGGGAAAGGAUUUCAGAGAGAAAAUAAGAUAGAUUUCAGCAUUUGAUUAAGAAAUUGAGCCUUAGAAAACAGAUGAGUAAAUAAAAAUCCAUAUCAACAAACCUGAGGCACUUUCCUACCACAUAAUUAUAGCACUGUAUAUUGUAAACUGAACCACGGUGUGGAAACAAAGUCCAAACAAACUCACUGAGAUAGCCAAGUCAAUAGUCCAGGGUCAUAAAUGCCAAUCACCAGAAUCCUCAAAAAACAUCAGAACAGUCAGAAGUCCAGUCCAGAGACAGAUACAUGCAACUCAAACAAACAAGAUACCAGAGCCAGAAGUUAAAAUACUAGAAGUCAAAGCAGAAGUCUUUGAGUAAAUCACCAAUAAAGUCAGGUCCCAGAAUGACAAGAAGCAGGCAUUGAACUCCAACUGGGAAACAACGUUAUACUCCACAAAGGGUUGCAACACUGAAGGCUUUUUGUCUUAAAUUUUUAGCUGUUGCUUGAUUCUGGAUUGUUUUUCAGCUGAUCUCUGAGAUCUGUAAUACUUUGCUUGCUCUUUCUUAUGCUCUAGAGGUGUGGGUAUGACUAAUCCCUCUGUAACUUGCUCAGAAAUCUUGCUUCAGCUUCCUAUAGAGAAGCUUGCCCAGACUGCUAGGAAGUGCCUGCUUCUGCUGAAGGCUCAUCUGCAGCAAUGGCUGAGCUGGACAUAGCCAACUGCUGGGAGCCGCUGACCUCCAUCUCCACUGUUGGCCCUUCAAACAACUCCUUUUGCUCACUAUCUGAGGUGGCCAUGACACUACAGAAUCAUGAUUCCACGUUAUCUGUUAUGGUUCCAUCCUAUGGAAUCCUAGUACCAAAAUUAUUUGGGAGAAGGAAUUUAAAGUUAUUUGCUGGCAAGUCCGAGUACCUCAAUAAACUACAAACCCCAUGAUUCCCUAGGGUGCAACCAUAGCAGUUAAAAUGGAAUCACAGUACAAUAAUGGUGUAUUAUGAAUGGGACCGAAGUAUCAGACUGAAGUUAGAACUCUUAUGUAGAGUUGCCAGAUAAAGUAAGAGUCAGAGCUCCUAUCUCUUUAAUGAUUAUGUAGAAGAGGGGAGUUUGGAAUGUGUUGACACUCAUAAAAGCAACACCUGCUGAUAUUCCUAUGCAGCCAUUAUUUAUUUAUUUACAGUAUUUAUAUUUCGCCCUUCUCACCUCAAAGGGGACUCAGGGCGGAUCACAUUACACAUAUAAGGCAAACAUUCAAUGCCUUAACAUAGAACAAAGACAAGACAAACGCGGGGCUCCGAGCUGGCCUCGAACUCAUGACCUCUUGGUCAGAGUGAUUUGUUGCAGCUGGCUGCAGCUGGUUGCUCAACAGCCUGCGCCACAGCCCGGCCCCAUUUAAUGUCCCCAUUAAAGGGACAGGCUCCUGUCUCUUCUCACCUCAGAACCCUAUCUAUGUGCCACAUGGCUUUUCAAAUGCAGAGACCUGUUCUAUGCUGAUGGCAGUUCAGCUAAUCUAAUCAGUAGGUGACUGUGAAGGAUCAAGGGAUGGCAUCCUAUUUUUUAUGUUAUGCCUCACAAUAUUCUAACUCCAUUCUUUCCCCCUUUCUGUGUAUGUUUGUGUGUACUGGAGUGAAUGAAAGAUUCUACCUGCUACUCUGCCUUGUUGAGUAUCCCUUAUCCAAAAUACUUUGUGGCAAUAUCAUUUUCUAUUUUGAUUUAUUUAUUGUAUUUUGGAACAGUACAUUUCUGGAAUAUUUUUAUGUCUCAUUCAUUUGCUACUUGUGUUAUUUAUGGGACACAAGGUUAGAGAGAGACGAACGGGGAUCUGUGAAAUGGGAGGGAUUCAAGUGCAGUUCUCUAUGUGAAUCCACAUCCCUUUCCAUUUCACAGAUCCUUCUCCUUUUGCUGCCAGCUGCUUGCCUCUGCCUUCAAGGUGUCAGCAGCCUUCCUGCUGGUUCAUUUCUCAAAUCCUCGGUUUCUCUCCAGCUGAGGCUGCAGAGAGGCUAAUGAGCAGAAAUGCCUGUGCUGCCUUGAAAGUGGAAGAGGGUCGCUGAUGGCAAAAAAGUUUCAGCUUUUGGAGGCUUUUAGAUUUCUGGAUAGAGGAAGCUCAACCUGUUCUCAUUACCAUACUAUUGAUCGAUCUGCAUUAUGUUCUUAUUCCUGUUGAGUUGGCUUAUGUUUUGUGAACCAAGAGAAUUUUAGUUGUCAGUUUAUGUUGAAAUACAUGCUUGCUUCUGCUCAGUUCUUGCCAAAGAAGCUUGGAUAAUUAUACUGAUGGAAUCCAGAGAGUAAGAGAAAACACACACCAUAACUAAAUAAAGCUUAAUUUUUUCCCAAA